UCUGCCCGGUCUGCAUCGUCGCUUCCAACUGUCUCCGCGUGGCACGAGCCACGAGCCGCGCUCUUCCCCCGGCGGCGGCGGCGGCGGCAAGCAAGGAGUGGCUGCGAGCGGCGGCGGGCUCCAUGGAGAGCGGCGGGCGCCGGGGCAGAGGCGGCGCUUCCACCGCUGCACCCGGACUGCAGUGACCCGCGUUCCGCCCCGCGUCCCGGCGGCCGCAGGGCCUCGCCGUCCGUGUCCGUGCUGCCGCCGCCGCCGCCGUCCGUCCCACCGGCGCCCGAGCAUCGCGACUUCCUUCGGCCCGACUCCCCGGCGGGGUGGCGGCGGCCGGGUCCCCACGGUGGCUGCCGGAGCAGCGGCUGCAGGAGCCCGGCUCUAGGAUGAAGUUCAAGCCCAACCAGACGCGGACGUACGACCGCGAGGGCUUCAAGAAGCGGGCGGCCUGCCUGUGCNUCCGCAGCGAGCAGGAGGACGAGGUGUUGCUGGUGAGUAGCAGUCGGUACCCAGACCAAUGGAUUGUCCCAGGAGGAGGGAUGGAGCCGGAGGAGGAGCCUGGCAGUGCUGCCCUGAGGGAGGUGUAUGAAGAGGCUGGAGUCAAAGGAAAGUUAGGCAGACUCCUGGGAAUAUUUGAGAAUCAAGACCGGAAGCACAGAACGUACGUUUAUGUUCUGACAGUCACUGAAAUAUUGGAAGAUUGGGAGGACUCUGUGAAUAUAGGAAGGAAGAGAGAGUGGUUCAAAGUAGAAGAUGCCAUCAAGGUUCUUCAGUGUCAUAAGCCUGUCCACGCAGAGUAUCUGGAAAAACUAAAGCUGGGGUGUUCUCCGACCAAUGGAAAUUCCUCGGUCCCUUCCCUCCCAGAUAACAAUGCCUUGUUUGUGACUGCUGCACCACCCUCUGGGGUGCCAUCCAGUAUAAGAUAGAGGGUUGGGGCCC